AUGAAGUCCACUCAAGAUAUCAUCGCACGCCAGUCUCGUCCUCAGCGCAACUCCACCUGGACCCCAAGGACGCGCGAUUGGCGCUAUGCAACUGGUGUAUUCCAGCACGACGACUUCAAUGAUACACCAAGAGAUCGUUCGGUAUGGGACACGCUUGACUUGGACCACCAGGUUGAUGACAGGAAGAGAGAUAGGAAUGGAGUUGCGGGUAAUCUAGAGCGACAUGGUACUAUGUCACCAGAGAACGCCCCGAAGCGCAGGAAGACGGAGCACGCGAGCGAUUCAGCGAACACAGUGUCGCCGCGAGAUAGCGUAUCUAGCUCUGUGGUGACGUACGAGCACAUACAGACGACGAAGUUGGGUGAUGGAGUGUCAAGCUACUCACCAGUCAAACUGAUCGUCAAACUACGCUUUACAGGCGGAAACAUCGUUGCAAUGCAGCACAUUGUUAACAACGAAGCUUACCUUCCACCAACACCCGCGCAAACCCCAGCCUCCAAGAAACUAUACGCAAUCGACUCUCCAGUAAUUGCUCGAACAAAUUAUGUGCCCGAUAUGCCAGACUCUCCCCGUUCCAACCGCGCAAACUCGCUCUAUCAGCGCCCAUGGGUCGAUGAAACACUCGACUUCAACAUGAAAACCGUCCGCUCGACACUCCAAGAAGCAAAUACGCAAAUCGAACGACCAGGAGCGACCGAAAACUGGUACCCCUCCGCCGUGCCCAUCGACGCAAUCUUCCCCCCCGGCGUGCCCCUCUCCGCAAAAGAGAUACUAGCCUUCUACCCGCACCACACCUUCUUCCGCGGCCCACCACCCACUCCCCCCCUCCUACCCAGCACCCUCCCCUCCUCCCGCCCCACCCACACCCUCCACACCACGCACCUCACCCCACCCCACCCCCAAACCACAAUCCCCACUCUCUCCGCCCUCCUCAACGGCCUAAAAAACCUCCCCUCAGGCCCCUCCGCCCGCGACCUAACACACGUCCUUACCUGGUACCAAUGUAUACGCGCUACCUUCCACCCACCCCUCGAUCUAAACGUGCUGCACACACAGGCGCUGGUCCGCGCCCUACGCCGUCCGCUUAGGUCCUAUGGGCCGCAGAAUCUGGACCGCAUUGCGCUGGAGGAGUGGCGCGGUGGGGGGUUUGUGGAGUGUGCUGUUGUGCGGCGGGGUGAGGUUGGGGUUGAGGAUGAAGGAAAGGGAGAUGGGGAGAGGCGCAAACAGUCCUGUGUCGAAGUCGAUCUUUUGAGGGAGGAGGUCAGGGCGCAUGUCGUGCUGCCGGUGAGACAUGUUCUUUUGUUUCCGUUUGUUGCUGUGCAGGGGCUUGUUGGCGAGGCGCUGAGGAGGGGGGUGGAGAGGGCGGAGGGGAGGAGGGAGGGACGGCGGGAGGAGGUACGGCAGAAGGAGGGACGAAAAGAUCAGACAGUCGGCGCGGGGGAUACGCAUCGUGUCGGAGGAUGUUAUGGUACGCCAAAGCGCCCCAUACCUCCGCCGCGAAACGAAUUCCCGCCAACUCCUGAGACUACGCCGCGACGUGCGGAGGUUAGGACUGCUGCGCCGUGGACGCCGGUUCGGCCUUUUGUGUAUGCGCGGAGGUAGGGUGGCUGGAUACAUGCGGUGAAUUGGGGGAUGUAAAUAGGAUGCGGGG